GUCUUUAUUUCUCUCACGCUUUCGCUUGUCGUUGCCGUCGCAAGAUGGCGACCGCGCGGUGUCAUCGCUGCCCUUGGCUGCUGUGAAACCACCACCGAAGAAGAAAAGGUGGGUGGGGUCGGACGGAGAGGCGGAGUCGACUGCAGACGACGAGCUAAAGCGCGAGGGAGAAAGCGUUAAUAAUCGCCCCAAAAGGGCCGCGUGAAAAUGUCACAAGACGAUUUUUGUCGAGCGAAAUUGCGCAGCGAGCCACAACGCGACGGAGAUUCACCCGCCCAAAGGAUCCAAGGCAUCGGGCAGGCGGCUGGUCUUCCGUCGCCCCGCGUGAAAGAGGAAGAGGAGGAUCCUUGGUCCCCUCACGUCAAAGAGGAAGAAGAGGCUCCGCACCCCCCAUGGCAGCUUAAAGAGGAGGAGGAGCCCGAACGCCUCCAUGUCAAAGAGGAGGAGCGGGAGUCCGACAUCAGCGGGUUCCCACCCGCCGGCGUCCCUCAGGAGAGCCGAGACGGCAAAGGCGAGCCGCGCGAGGCCCGGUGUCUUUGUCACGACGAAGGCCCACCGCCGCCCGACCUCCUGGCGCCCCUGUCGGACAGCGACGACGUGGACGACGUGGACGAUGUGGACGAUGUGGACGACGUGGACGACGGACCUUUGAGCGACGCGGCGGAAGGCGAAGGCGGGCCUUCGACGGGCUCCGAAAAAGAGCCGAGGCCGCGGCGGCGUCAGAAAACAUUUCGUUGCUCGGUUUGCGGCAAACGUUUUGCCCAGAAGCAACACAUGACGACGCACAUGAGGACGCACACGGGAGAAAGACCCUUCGGUUGCUCAACUUGCGUGAAAGCCUUCUGCCAGAAGCCGCAUCUGGAAUCGCACCUGCGAACGCACACGGGAGAGAAACCCUUCGGUUGCUCCUAUUGCGGGAAACGCUUCUCUCGAAAGGAGAACAUGGACGCGCACCUGAGAAUCCACACGGGAGAAAAGCCCUACCGUUGCUCGGACUGCGGUAAAGUCUUCUCUCAAAAGCCCUAUCUGGCGUCGCACAUGAGAACGCACACGGGGGAGAAACCCUUCCCUUGCCCUUUUUGCGCCAAGACGUUCUCUCGUAAGGAGCACGUGAAAUCCCACCUGACGAUCCACACGGGAGAGCAACCCUUCAGCUGCUCGCUGUGUGGCAAAUCCUUCUCUCACAGGUCAAAUCUGGUGAGGCACGUGAGUAACACGCACGCCGGGGAGAAAGGCUGGACUUGUUCGCUCUGUCGUCAAACUUUCUCACAAAAGAAGCACCUGGACGCACACGUGAAAGCGCACGUGGCCAACAAACCCUUCGGUUGCCUCCACUGCGCGGAACACUUUGCGCUGCGGGCCAAUUUGACGGCACACAUGCGAACGCACAGCAAAGGCCAAGAGCCACAGUUUUGGAUCCAGAAUGUGCGGCAGCUGUUUGGUUGCCGAGAAGAAGCCCAAACCCUCCGUGAAAAAAAUGAAGCGGAGGAAAAGAAGUUGGCGCCGAGCGUGGUGGUGGUGGUGGUGAAGACCGAAGACGAGAACGACAAAGCGGCCGAGUGGCCACCGGACGAGCUCUCGGCUCCACUGCGUCAUCGUGAUGAUGCACAAGAACCUUUGAGGAGCGUCGCGGACUGCAAAGACGUCCAGGACCUCGGAGGGAGCGCCGCUUCGGAGCCGGUGGCCCCGCUGCCCGUCGACACGAAAGAGGAGGAGGAGGAGGAGGAGGCCGAUGCCGGCACCUUCCCCCUGACCGUCGUCGUGGUGAAGAGUGAAGAUGAUGACGAUGAGCGACCCGAGUGGUCGCAGCUUCGUGACGGCAGUCCACGUGGAGAGCGGCGCACGGGGGGGGCACUUUCAGACAAGCUCUUAGCGCCCCUGUCGGACAGCGACGACCCAGAAGAAACUUGGAGGAGCGGCGCCGAGCGUCCAAGUGACGACCGGCGCUCGAAAGGCCCUGAAAGGCGGACGACUCCCGGCAAGCUGGACAACGCCUGCACGUGCAAAAAGCGCGUCACCUGCUCGCUCUGCGGAAAAGCUUUUGCCAAGCAGUAUCUGAUUAGACACAUGAGAACGCACACGGGGGAGAAACCCUACGCUUGCUCGACCUGCGGUAAAACCUUCUCCCAAAAGCCGCACCUGGACUCUCACGGGAGAACGCACACCGGAGAGAAACCCUUUCGUUGCUCGCUCUGCGGCACCGCCUUCUCGCGCAAGGAACACGUGGAGUCGCACAUGAAGACGCACGGCAGAGAAAAGCCCUUUAGUUGCGCCACCUGCGGUAAAAGCUUCUCCCACAAGCCGUAUCUGAUGUCGCACGCGAGAACGCACACGGGGGAAAAAGCCUUCGGCUGCUCGCUGUGCGCUAAAACCUUCUCCCACAAGUCGCACGUGGCGUCGCACAUGAGAACGCACACCGGAGAAAAACCCUUCCAGUGCUCGCUGUGCGGCAAACGAUUUGCUCACAAGUCGCACGAGGUGAAACACGCCAGGACGCACACGGGGGAGAAACCCUUUCCUUGCUCCCUUUGCGGCAAAACCUUCUCCCGCAAGGAUUACAUGAGCUCGCACCUGAGAGUGCACACGGGGGAGAAACCUUACGCCUGCUCGCUGUGUCACAAGGCCUUCUCUCUCAAGUCGCACUUGGUCACGCACACGCGAACGCACACGGGAGAAAAACCCUACGGCUGCUCCAUUUGCGGCGAACGCUACGCUCACAAGAACAGCUUGACCGUGCACGUGCGGACGCACGAGAAGGGACAGUAGAGAUUUUCCAACCGGCCGUCCGCAAACCACGUGCGGUGAUCCCUCGAGUGUCGUGCUUCACGGGGGGCAGAAUGCCCAGGCGAAAGGUCAUAAUCUCUUCUUACAUGGGAGGCAUGGCCUCAACCCUCAAGGAGUCGCAGUGCAGCUUAACUCAAC